AUCAUUCAAUUAUAAACAAAAUAUGCCAGAGCAAUUGCAGAAGUGAUAGAAUGAACGUUCAUUUCGCUCUAUCAACUUUUUCCGGAUGCGCGCUUCUUCUAUUCUGUUUCUUAGCUUAUACGUUUAGACUUACAAGGCGGCAUUAAAGGUAGACCUAUGUCGAAUCCAAAUAGAUUUCGCUGAUCUAUAUUCAAUGACGAUAUUAAAGAGAACAAAGAGACCAAACGGAAAAUUAAUGACCACAAACUGAUGCGGGACAUUCUAUCCCGUAUAGAAUGCAAACCGAUUUUAAUACAUAAAGAUUAAAAAAUAGAUAUUUUAAAAUAAGGAUAUUCGGGACAAGUCUGGAUACAGUUUAAAAUUCGUGACAUUAAGAGGAAGUUAGUUACUCAAUACAUCAAAGUAAAGGAAAUAAAUAAUUGGACUCAACCCUUCCUACUAGAAAUACGGAUAGCCUAUAUACACACGCUAUAUUUUUCAUCUAUUCAUCUUUACAAAAUUAAAGCAAUGAGGACAAAUAACAUAAGAACUACAUACAUUUAAUUAUUAGAAACACCCUCGAAAGCACUAUACAAGAACAUGUUUCUACUUAUCAGCCAAUUUAUUACAAUCCACUUACUUGCGAACCGACUUUUAACAUGAGGUGGAAUUCCUCCGAUGCUUCCCCAACCGUAUAUCCUUCGUUUGGUCAAGUAACAACGGAUAAUCCGGAAUCAUCUCUUCUGACCCCAGAACUGACCCUACCACCAAUCCCUCCUAACUGUCAUCUUCCGGACCACGAUAGCUUCACAUCCGACGAUUUAGUACCAAUGUCAUCUGGCAUUCAACUAUCAAAUCACGAAGACAGCGAACACUCUCUAGAUGUAGAUACAGGAGAGAAGCCAGUUGAAUCGCCGACAACAAUAAGAACAACCACAUCGGAUCAACCUCAGAAAAAACGCAAACGACGAGUUUUAUUUUCGAAAGCUCAGACUUACGAGCUCGAAAGGCGUUUCCGUCAACAGCGUUACUUAUCGGCUCCGGAGAGAGAACACCUUGCUAGUAUUAUCCGUCUAACGCCAACACAAGUAAAGAUCUGGUUUCAAAAUCAUCGCUAUAAAACCAAACGAGCAAGACAGGAGAAAGGAGUCGAUUUAAAUCCACUUCCUUCUCCUCGAAGAGUAGCGGUCCCCGUUUUAGUUAAAGAUGGAAAACCUUGUAUAGGAAACACUAUUAAAUCUCCCGACGGUGUUAAUGACGCGUCGACUUGUGUAGCCGCAAACUGUAUGACUAACUUCAAUUUGGGUGUCCUGCCGACCACCUACAGUCCUACCCUGUUACCUCAACAUCGAUGGUGGUGACAAUAUAGACCAGAACUGUCCAGUGUGUGCCUUAGCCUACGGGAUCCCCAUUCCCUGUCGAUAGUAUCAGGUGCGGGAGUUUGUGGUGAAUGUAUUCAUAGUGAUCAAUAGCACUGACAUUUGACAAAUGAUUGCCUGAUGGCAUUGUCGCACUUAAGUGACAAUGUUAACAUUGCUCUCUUUGUCUUGUUUUUAGUUGUUUUUCUUCUGUGUAGAGUUAAUAGUGUAUAUAUAUUAAUAACUAUGUAGAUUAAUAGAAUAAACGUCUUUUAGUCAAUAUCA